AUGUCUCAACCAACAUACACCCGCGAAGAAUUCCUCUCCACCUUCAUCAAAUCCGCCACCACCUCACCACACAAGACCGAAGAAUGCCCAAUCUGCGCAGAACCCUACUCCUUUUUCUUCGGUCAAGGCGCAGUAACUUUCGGCGACCGAGAGAGCUGCAACCACGUCUUUUGUGAAUCCUGCAUCACCCAAUGGCUGAGCACCGAAGGGGUGAACUCCUGCCCAUUAUGCAGGAGGCAGCUAUUUGUCUCGGAUGAUGAUGAAGAAGGAGAAGAAGAAUACGACGACGACGACGAGGAAGAGGAGGAAACAGAAGAAGGGGAAUACGCCUUCACCGACGAGCAACUCCAUGAGUUGCUCGAAAACGCUUGGUACAAGGUGUUUUGGCUCCUUGAGCCGCACCGCCAAAAGGUCGCGAGGGGAGGCGAAAACGUUUCUGGAGCCGGCGACGAGGAAGAUGAAGAGGACUCCCCUCUUCAUCACUCCAUCCUCAUCCAUGCUUUCGUGCGCAUCCUCGCCGCCCGUGUAGACGUCCACGCCCUCAACGAUGCCACGGGGCUCACCGGCGAGUACAAGAUGCACGUGCUCAAGAUUGUUCUGCGGCGAAUCAUGGCGGAGCUCGUUGAGUACAUUGAGAGUACUGGGGGAAGGGAAACGGUGCCGGAGUUCCCAAGGGAUAAGGCGCUGGUGUGGGAGGAGCCGUUGAAGGUGGUCAUGCAGCUUCUCUAG